UUUUAGGAUGGCAGAAAGGAGAGAACAUCGUGGAGGAGACCGAGUGCGGAUGGGAAUGAGAGGAGAAAAGGAAACCAAGCCCAAAGCGGCACCUUAAAACACCUGACCAGGAGUCAAACAUCGGGCCAGACAUAGUACUUCUGCGAGCCGUUUUGCAAUUGUUUCCUGGACCAGAUUCAGCCCACCAGAUACCAGUUAAUCAUCCCUGUACGAGGAGGUGACAGAACAGUUGCAUCUCUUAUCCAUGAGUACUAAAGAGAUGGGUCACACCCUAUGCAGGCAGCCGUGGUAUGUACUGAGUUUCUCGGGGUUGAUUUUUGCUCUUGAAUGCUGGAGGGGUGGCCAAUACAUCCUUUGCAACACUAAGAUCCAAGGCCAGAUGACUCCAGCUGCUAAGCAAGAUCCUGGACAUGAAGGAAGAAACUCCAAAGGAGAAUCCAAGUCCUGGCUGUGCAGCCCCGGCAAUCCAGGCGAAGCCAUGCAAAGAGAUGCUUGAGGUUAAAGAGGAAGAAAAGCCAUCCCGUGACCACCGGCUUGCGCGUUUCUGGUCUUCCACCACCAUGUGGGUUUGGGCUUUGCUUCCAGUGCUCCUUGCCGUAGGGGGUAGCAUCGGCUUCUGGACUGUGUAUGUCAUGGCAGUUGCAAACGGAUCCGUGAACAUCACAGAAGCCUUCCCAUAUAUCAGCACAUGUGGAUCAUACCCACCACAAAGCUGCAUCUUUGGUCAAGUUCUGAAUAUAGGAGCCUCUUUAGGUGUGGUGAUCUGCUACCUGAAAUACCAGCAGUUACGGGAUUACGGUUGCAACUCAUAUUUAAAUCUAGCUGGGCUUAUUUCUGGUCUACUUUGUGCCCUUGGCUCAUCUGUUGUUGGCAACUUCCAGCAAUAUAACCAACUGGAAACCCAUUUGUUUGGCGCCUUCUUGGCCUUUGUGGUGGGUAUCCUUUAUUUCUGGAUCCAAGCCAUUCUGACCUGCCGGAUGAAGCCGAGACAUGGAGGAUCGUGGAUUGGGCCUCUCCGGUUUGGUCUCAGUGCCUGUGGCACUGUCCUGCUCAUCGCCACGAUUGUGCUCUUCAACUUGGAGCUGGACUCAGAGUCAGCCUACUGUGAAUGGGCCCUGGCCAUGGAUCUGUUCCUGCUAUUUGGCCUCUUUGCCGUGGAUUUCUGGCACGUGGACUCUUGCUCGGUCUACGUGCAGUAUCGCAUGAUGAAUCGCGAAACCCUGAACAUUCAGGCAUCCACUCAGACUCUACCGCUUUGAUAAUUCCGCGGGCGAGAAAGGGAUACUGUGAACUUGACGGAUUUCCACAUCCGUUUUGCUGAGGGGACUGUUUAUUCCCCACUGCGACCUUUCUUCGGCAGGCAGAGCCGUCCUUCUUGGGGGCGUGGUACCUUCAACGGAAUGCCAAAUAUGUCCUUUUGCCUGUCUGGAACGUCUCCUCAGCCGUGACUCCUCAUCCUAGACCAAAUCUUAUCUGCCAAUGGACUGUGACUUUUGUUUAUAAAAUCCAUCGGGGCCGUACUGCUGACUCUUCGAUCUUUCUCGAAAAUGGAUCCUCCACCCACUUUUCUACAUGUUUUCUGAAAAAUAAUAUUUUAAAAGUGUCUUGUUUUGUUUUUCCACUAACCCCGGCAGCAGCGAAGUGGUAUUUGUUUUUUUAA